UGUGUGGAUCAGUCAGUUUGCGUUUGCCUAAUUGACACCAUAAGCAUCAACUCAUCCACAACUCCUCCACCUUUUCCACUGUCAGACAAGGCUUUGGUAGUUAACUAUCAGUGCCCAUAGUAUACAAGUUAGAGUCCUAUUGCCAGUUCGGUUAAGUUCUCCAGUUCUCUCAAUUGCUUUAUAGUUAUUGUUAAUUAUAGUGAAUUGAUAGCUAUCAUCAAUUCAUAUAUAAUAUGUCGAUUAGAAGUACUAAAUAUGUUUACCGUCAGACCUCCGGUCAGGGCGGAGAUCUGUCCAUUGAAUAUGGAACUGAUUUGGGAGCCCUUACUCGUCUUGAGGACAAAAUACGACUCCUCUCGGAGGACUUGGAGACUGAAAGAGAGCUCAGACAACGAAUUGAAAGGGAACGGUCCGACCUAACCGUCCAACUAAUCAGUUUGACUGAGAGACUGGAAGAAGCUGAGGGAUCGAGUGAAAGUGUGAUCGAGAUGAAUAAGAAACGGGACUCAGAAUUGGCUAAAUUGAGGAAACUAUUAGAAGACGUACACCUGGAAAGUGAAGAGACAGCCCAUCAUUUGAGACAAAAACAUCAGGCGGCCGUGGCUGAGAUGCAGGACCAAAUGGAUCAGCUUCAGAAAUCUAAGAACAAAACUGAUAAAGAGAAGCAAAAACUUCAGGCGGAAGUGUUUGAAUUGUUGGCACAGAUCGAGAGCGCAAACAAGGAUAAGCUGAUCGCUCUUAAGAGUGUUGAAAAACUUGAAUACACUGUUCAUGAACUUAAUAUUCGUAUCGAAGAAAUCAAUCGGACUGUUAUUGAAGUGACCUCUCAAAAGCAAAGACUUAGUCAAGAAAAUGCAGAAUUUCUUAAAGAGAUUCACGAAUAUAAAGUUUCUUUGGAUAACGUCAACCAUUUGAAGUCACAAUUGGCUCAACAACUUGAGGACACUCGCCAUCGUCUUGAGGAUGAAGAGAGGAAACGAUCGACUCUUGAAAAUCACGCGCACACUCUUGAGGUUGAAUUGGAGUCUUUGAAAGUACAGCUCGAAGAGGAAUCAGAAGCACGUCUGGAGCUCGAGAGACAACUAACUAAAGCCAAUGCAGACGCGGCCGCCUGGAAGUCAAAAUAUGAGGCCGAACUACAGGCACACGCAGAUGAAGUCGAAGAACUUCGUCGCAAAAUGGCUCAAAAGAUAUCUGAAUAUGAAGAACAAUUGGAGGCAUUAUUGAACAAAUGCAGUUCACUUGAAAAACAAAAGUCGCGACUCCAGAGUGAGGUCGAGGUGUUGAUUAUGGACUUAGAGAAGGCCACGACUCACGCACAGCAAUUGGAGAAGAGAUGUGUUCAGCUCGAGAAGCUUAAUCUCGACCUCAAAGUCAAACUUGAAGAAGUGACUGUCCUUAUGGAACAGGCACAGAGAGACGCCAGACAGAAGGCCGCUGAGCUCCAGAAACUACAACACGAGUACGAGAAACUGCGCGAUCAGAGGGAUGCUCUCGCCAGAGAAAACAAGAAACUCACCGACGACUUGCAAGAAGCGAAGUCUCAGUUGAAUGACGCUCACAGAAGAAUACAUGAAAUGGAGAUUGAAAUCAAACGCUUGGAGAACGAGAGAGAAGAGUUGGCCGCCGCUUAUAAAGAAGCGGAGACUUUGAGAAAACAGGCGGAAGACAAAGCACAGCGAUUGAUGGCAGAGUUGGCACAGGUUAGACACGACUACGAAAAACGACUGCAACAGAAGGAGGAAGAGCUCGAAGCUCUCAGGAAGCAGUUCCAGAUUGAAGUGGAACAGUUGAAUAUGCGAUUGGCUGAGGCAGAGGCCAAGUUGAAGACUGAAGUGGCCAGAAUCAAGAAGAAAAUGCAGGCACAGAUCACUGAACUCGAGAUGUCAUUGGAUGCGGCAAACAAACAAAAUCUCGACUUACAGAAGACCAUUAAGAGACAGGCGCUUCAAAUCACUGAACUACAAGCGCAUUACGAUGAAGUGCACAGACAGUUGCAACAAGCGGUCGACCAGUUGGGUGUCGCUCAGCGCCGAUGCCAAGCAUUACAGGCAGAGUUAGAUGAACAAAGGGUGGCAUUGGAACAGUCAUUACGUGCCAAACGUAUUGCAGAACAACAAUAUGAAGAAGCCGUCACUAAAGUCAAUGAGUUGACUACUAUUAACGUCAAUCUGGCGUCGGCUAAGAGCAAACUCGAGGCAGAGUUCUCUGCUCUUCAGAACGAUUACGAUGAAGUCCACAAAGAAUUGAGAAUUUCAGAUGAAAGAGUUCAGAAAUUGUCAAUUGAGUUGAAAUCAACUCGAGAUCUAUUGAUUGAAGAACAGGAAAGACUCGUCAAAAUCGAUACUAUUAAGAAAUCAUUGGAGAAUGAAGUCAGAAAUCUACACAUCAGAAUUGAAGAGGUUGAGGCCAACGCACUGGCCGGCGGUAAAAGAGUUAUCGCUAAAUUAGAGUCAAGAAUAAGAGAUGUGGAGAUUGAAGUCGAAGAAGAGAAACGCAGACACUCGGAGACUGAGAAGAUUUUGCGAAAGAAAGACCAUCGCGUCAAGGAAUUGUCACUUCAGAGUGAAGAAGACCACAAAACCAUUACUCUAUUGCAAGAAAAUUGCGAUAAAUUUAAUGAAAAAGUCAAAGUCUAUAAAAGACAAAUGCAAGAACAGGAAGGCGUCAGCUCAUCAAACUUACAGCGCGUGCGACGAUUCCAACGCGAGUUGGAGGCCGCCGAAGAUCGGGCCGAUCAGGCAGAGAGCAACCUUUCUUUUAUUAGAGCCAAACAUAGAUCAUGGGUGACGACCAGUACAGUCCCCGGCGGUACCCGUCAGGUCUUUGUCACUCAAGAAGAAACUCAAAACUUUUAACAUUAUUUGACAAAAAACAAAAUCAACAGAAUAUUGUUAUAAACAACUAAAAUAAAACAUAGAUUUAUUUGGGAAAAGAUUUUUGAGAUACGUUUUAAUUAUUAAUUAUAGCUUAUUAUUAUUAUUAUCUAAAUAUUAUUUAA